AUGGAGAAGGCUCGAAAGCUAGGAGUGGGAAUCCAGAGCUUUCUAUGCACCGUUGGCGACUUCUUGAAUAGCUACUCUGGUAUUGCCGAGAUUGUGAAAUCUGCAGAUGAACAAUUUGGUGGUCUGGCAUAUGGGACAGUGGCCUUAGUGGUCGCAGUCGCAGUCCUGAAGCAGCAGCGAGAAGAAUCGAUUGAGCGGGUUCUUGAGGAACUAUCACAUGCAUUCCCUCGACUCAACACACUUCAGGAGCUCGAUCCUGGACCACAGCUGAAACAACCUAUCGUCUCCGUCUUCGAAUUGUCGAUUAUCUUCUACCGGGAAACUAUUACAUAUUUUACAGAGCCAAGGAGACUCCUGAAAGCUAUGUCUCCAAGCGAGAUCAAAAUGGAAACCGUCUGCAAGCUUCGCAUGACGCUGCUUGAGGUGUGUAAAGAAUGCGAAAUUUUUAUGUUACAAAAACUCGAGAAUGUAGCAUCGGAGUUGCGCCGCAUCAAGCUUGAGCUUCAGGAGAUGACCAUCCGCCUUGAGGCGGUCAGUGAUACUACCGGAAGUAUCGAAAUUAGGGGCCUUGACACCAAUGUCCGAGUCCAGGAGAAUCAAUGGCGCUUAAGACAAGAUGCAGAAUCCAGAGCGAAGAGCAAAGCCCUAUCCGAGCUCAAAGGCCAGAUGCAGCUCAAAAAUGUAGAAGAGCAACCUAUCCUGGAUGUUGCGAGUAGCGUGAAGCAAGUCUUGACAGCAGGGCUUUCACAACGCAGACGCAAAACCCGUGGUCCGCUACAACAGAUUUCAAAAGCUAUGCUGAUGCAAGAUGGAAAUUUUCUCUCCUGGUCUGAGGAAAAAACCCUACAAUGCUCCUUCUUACUGGAGAGAACCAUGGGAAUCGCAUAUCAGUAG